AUGAUCGUUAUUGUGGACCUGGUGCUGAUGCUCAUCGACCUGAUCUACUCUAUCCUGCAUGCCGUCAUCCAGACUUUCCUCCGGCCGAGGCUGAAGUGCAUAGACGGGGAGCUGUGUCUGAUCACAGGGGCCGGGGGCGCGCUGGGCCGCCUGUUCGCGCUGGAGUUUGCCAGAGAGGGAGCGCGGCUGGUGCUGUGGGACUGCAACACGGCUGCCAACGAGCAGACCGCCAAGCUGGCGCGGGAACUUGGGGUGCAGGUGCACACGUACACGGUGGAUCUGUCCAAGAGACAGAGCAUCUAUGAGACGGCGGACAAGGUGAGAGCGGAGGUCGGGGAAGUUUCCAUAUUGGUCAACAACGCAGGAGUGGUGGCCGGACGGAGGCUGCUGGACUGUCCCGACGAGCUUUUGGAGAGGACUCUGCUGGUGAACUGCCACGCACUCUUUUGGAUGACAAAGGCCUUCCUGCCUCAGAUGAAAUCCAAGAAUCAUGGUCACAUUGUAACCGUUGCGAGUGCUCUUGGACUCUUCAGCACUGCAUGUGUAGAGGAUUACUGUGCCAGUAAAUUCGGAGCUGUCGGUUUCCACGAGUCACUGACACACGAGUUGCGAGCAGAGGACAUGGACGGCAUCAAAACCACUUUAGUCUGUCCUUAUAUUGUAGACACUGGGAUGUUUGCAGGCUGUGAAAUCAGGAAGGAGCUUCGGAGUCUGAUUCCACCUCUGGAGCCCCUCUACACCGUACAGCAGUCAAUGAAAGCCAUUUUAGCUGAACAGCAAAUGAUCUGCAUUCCUCGACUUAUGUACAUUCCCUUUCUAGCACGAGCAUUGUUACCUUGGGAGGCCAAUGUGGCAACAUAUCGCUUCAUGGGAGGUGAUAAAUGCAUGUUACCCUUCAUCAAGAAUGUUGAACUGAAGACCAACGGACACAUCAAAACCUCCUAA